AUGGCAGAACUUAGCACCAGCAGUGUUUCGCCUCAACAACGGAAGAAGGUCUUGAGGGUGCUGGUCAUCUCUCUGAUCUUGGAUCUGGUAGGUCUGGCAUUGUUGACAAGUUAUAGCACGCGUAAUAUCGCUGACAUGGGCUCCCGGGGGUAGAUCUCCUUCACUUUCAUCUUGCCAUUGUUCCCAAAACUGCUCGAAUUCUACCGCAAUGUCGAAACACAAAGCUCCCAGACGCUAUUGUCUCAAGUCUUGCACGGCUUAAACGCCUACAAGAACAGCUUCGAAAAGCCGAUCAACGACCGAUACGAUAUCGUCUUGCUCGGAGGAGCUCUCGGAUCGCUCUUCUCGCUAUGCCAGGCAAUUGCUUCACCAGUCAUUGGAACGCUAUCAGACCGCUAUGGACGACGAACCGCGUUGAUGUGGUCUAUGUGCGGCAACAUCGCCUCCGUGGCUCUCUGGUGUGCUGCUGUUGACUUUAGGACGUUCCUGGCAAGCAGAGUGGUUGGUGGAUUGAGCGAGGGCAAUGUCCAGCUGGCUCUCGCCAUUGCAACAGACAUUAGCACCGAUCAGGAUCGCGGCAAGACUAUGGCCAUGGUUGGAGCUUGUUUCUCCAUCGCUUUCACGUUCGGUCCCGCACUCGGUGCUGCUCUCGCGAACGUCACCACGGUCGCAGCAAAUCCCUUCGCUACCGCAGCUGGCGUUUCACUGGCUUUAAUUGUUACCGAGACAGUCUACCUCUACUACGCCUUGCCUGAGACGAACGCGUCGCUACGACCGAAAGAGAAUGGAACUACGCAAGAGAAGCAGAAGCCAGCAGCGACGGGCGAACGGACAAACUCGCAUCUCCUGCUGAACAUGACACACUUCACCUUCAUCCUGUUCUUCAGUGGAAUGGAGUUCUCUUUGUCGUUCAUGACAUACGAUCUCUUCUCCUACGGCUCGAAGCAGUCAGGUCGCUUGCUAGGAUUCAUUGGACUCGUGGCCAGCAUACUGCAAGGAGGAGUAACAAGACGAAUGCACCCGCUGCGCGUCAUACAACUGGGAGUCGUGAGUGCCGCGGCAGCGUUCUUCAUUCUCGCGAAGCUCAACAGCGAGCGUACACUCUACGUCGCGGCGAGUCUGUUGGCCAUCACCAGCAGUACGGUUGUUACUGGACUGAACAGCUUAUCAAGCUUCGAAGCUAACGCGGAUGAACGAGGUGAGAAGCUGGGCAACCACCGGAGUUUCGGACAAGCAGGACGUGCAUUGGGACCACUUCUUUUCUGCACACUCUACUGGUGGGCAGGAAGAGAUAUCGCAUACCUGAUAGGAGGCUCUGGAAUGGUUGCGGUGUGCGGGUUGGUCUUCGGAGGCCUGAAGCCACCGAAGGGGUUGGAAGUGAAGAAGAAUGCAGCAAAGGCAAACGGCAGUACCGAUAAGAAAGCAGCGUAG